AUGUCCGGUGCUGCUACAAGCGAGCCCCUCUCUACAGAUCUUGUCGAUCCAGCAGUUGAGGCCUCUUUGCUUCCGCGAUCAUCAAGUGGCCGCAGCUCCCGAUCAUCUGACCGACACACGGUUGUGGAUGUCAAAUUUGUGUCAGUGCUUCUUUCACGUGCAGACAAGUCUUCUUCAUGGGGCUUUCUCUUGUGUGGUCGUAGUGUUCCCCUGAGGGUUGGUGAAAUUACGUCUGAUGUGGCCUCAAGGCUGCAGAAAGGGGAUGAAAUUGUUGAAAUCAAUGGGGUAGAGCCAAUGGAUUACGCGGAGGCCAUACAGGUGUUUCAGUGUGCACGUUUGCACCUGCAGCUGCGUUUGCGUCGUACAGUCUGCGUAAACAGAGAAGGCACACCGUUCGAGGAUACCCCCACCAGGGAGUUUCACGGGGUUGGGGACAACCAGAGUGAGGAUCUCGCGUGUGCAAUGUCAACCACAGGGCCAACUUCUUCCUCUUUCUGUACUAUCUUAGAACCCGAUAACGGCUUUUCAGAGACUGUGGUGCAGCCUCGUCCAGCGUCUUGCGAUGAGCCACCGUGUGCUCGUCCAGGUGUGGAUGUGAGGCAUUCGACGCAGCGAACCCCCAGCCAAUUGUUGCAUAAUUCACAGAAUGCAGAUGACGGUAGAUGCGGAGUAGGUCUGGUCGGCUCUUCAGUUACUGUUUCAUCGGGCAAAGUCUCCUCUCAGCCUUUUUCUGUGGACGUGGAGAAUGCUUGGCGACAGAUACUGUUUGGGAGACAGACUUCGCAGAUGGUUGGACAUGGCUGCCGAAAUUAUAGAGAUUUGUGUGAUGUCUUGCCGAUCCCCAUGCAGCGGGCAGUUUAUGACCGCCGCAGCUGCCCCUUCUCUGCAGCGGAUGGUUUCACAGAAGAGUUUCACACCGCCGUGCAGUAUACACUGACACAGAGGGCACUCUCAAGCAGCCGUGGGGCCAUUUCGUGUGGCGGCACCCCAGUGCCGCAUGAGCAUGAUGACCGGCCACGAGACACUGCAUCGUUAAAUGAAGACAUACUCGGCAUAGAGACAUCCCGCAAUGAGGAGAUUCAACGGUUUCGUCAGGCAGAGGGGUGGACGGAGAGGUGUGAGGCGCUGGUGGCACAACACAAGGAUAUGCUGAGAAUUGUAGAGUGCCACACUGCCGAGAGGGAGGGGUGGUGCCGCGGCGAGGUGGAGAGAUACUCUCAGAUUGAAGACGUGGCAAACGAAUUUCUAAAGAAGUACAGGGAGACAGUGUCACGGGAUCUCAGAGCGGAGGGGAGGAAUAGAAAUCCACAUUUCGCUGCUACACGCGGACGAUCACGCAACGAAGAGGGCACCACCAGCAGCCGCUCUUUUCGACUUCCAACUCCACCCCCACCUCCACCUCCAGGGCAAUCAGGGAAUCAUUUCUCCAGCGUCAGGCGUCCGCAAGAUUGA